CGGCCAUCUUCUGUGCGAAAGCUGUUCAAGCUCGGAAAUUGCAGGAACGUAUGUCGAAGUUCGUGCUGAAGCAAGGUACAAGUAGAUGCUGUUUGGACGCUGGUAUAUUCACCUGCACAAGGACAUCGAACCUGCAUACGAACCUGCACUACAAACUCUGACCGUGUCCGUGCGUGUCCUUUGUAUGCAGGUGACGCACCUCGACAGCGAAAGGGAGGAUUUACUGCUGCCGAGCAAGUACAACAACAACAAAACUCUCUCUCUUCUGCACAGACAAACUUCUGUUACCGUAUCAACCUGUCAGGCGGCUGCACUGUGGCGCCAAGAGCUCGAGGCAAAAGAGAAACUCAAGGAAAAAGCAUCAUCGCAGCGACCAAUCGUAAGCACACGGACGUCGCAUAUACGUGCAGCAUGUUCACACCGCUGUCUGUGAGUCACACCCAGGAUGACGGGAAGAGGCGUCGGAAGAAGCGGAAGAAGGCCAAGCGGCGAGACGAUGACGAUGGCAGCGACCCCGACAGACGCUCCCGCAAGAAGCGGCACAGGUAGAUAGCAGACCCUCCACUGUCACCAUUCACUGACAGAUGUGCAUACGUGUGUGCAGGUCACUGAGCCCAUCAUCGUCAUCCUCGAGCAGCGGUGAGUCGCCAAAGCGGCGGCGAAGGGACAAGGCGUCACCACCGACGCAAGAUGGCGGAGGCGGGAAGGAGGGAGGCCAGAAGGACCAACCGCAGAUAGAGAAGUGGGCAGGUAGGUAUGUGUGCAGCACGUGCUCGCAGAAUGGACUGGUCCAUGUGUGCUUUCAUUUGUUUGUUCAGAGAGCAUUCAGCAGCGGAGCCUGCCCGCCAACCCCCUGGCCCGAAUGUACCAGGCCACCACAAUGAGCCUCGUGCAGCAGCAGCAACACAUGUAAGUGCAUACCAACACAGUGACACGUAUACGCGCUUAGGGUACACUUACACAUGUGAGUGCAGGAAGAAGCAGGAGCAGCACGCCGAGAAGAGCCCUCCACGAAAGGUGCACGGCAUUCGUGCGCUUACAACCACAGUGGCCCUUACAUGCAUGCCCGAACCGGUGCAUGUGUGCAGGAAAGGGCAUCUCGCCGGUCGUUGUCUCGGUCUCGGUCCCCUUCGCCGUCUCCCCUUCCGCGAGAUCCCGUCAACCCGCUCGAUGCGGCGUACGACAGGAAGGCCUAUCGCAGGCAAGUGGCAAGUGUGCACCCAUCCAGAUAAAGAUCCGUCUGUAUAGCACAUGUAUGCACGUGUAUCUUCACUAUGAAUGCGCGUAGGCUGAAGCGCGAGAGGAAGAGGCGCGGAUCGCGGUCGCCGAGUGGCGGGAGGCGCGACCCAUACUGGGAACACGACAGGUAUGCAGCGAUACUCGUGUCGAGUGUGCACAUGACAUGACACACGUGGGUGGGUGUAGGUAUGUUGAGCGUUCGGAGAGCCCCGAGCGGGAGAGGACGGAGGGGCCGAUGUGGGAUACCAGGAAGGGAUCGUGGGUCAGCAAGGCAGGGGGCGUGUACAUCCCGCCAGCCGAUGGCCGUGAAGGUGAAGGCGGCGACGACCAAGAGCCAGCAAGAUACAUGUGGGCACCGCACGCGUCACCACGAAAGACGCGCGUACACACAUGGACGUCAUCAUGUGUGUGUGGUUCUCUCGAGCAGCAGGCGAGCCCACCGUCCCCGCGGUCGUUCUCGUUCUCCCUCUCCCCGUCAGCGUGAUAGCCCCGUGUAUUCCCCCUACCAGAAACCCAUGGAAGAGCCCAAGUCACCCGACUGACUUCCGUCUGCCUGAGAGUGUCUGUAUGGGCUGUGUCUGUAUGUGUGUGGCGGACCUUCUGCCCCGAUCGAUUGGUGGUGAGGCCGGACGCUCGAUCAAUCGCAUUUCCAUACAGAGGGGCAGAGACGUUAGUUGUUUCCGCCAGACAUCCCCAUACAAAUAUCAUCAAUCGCC